AUGUAUGUGACGAGCAGUCUUUCGAAAUAUAGGAGGAAUCCGGUUGAGGUUCCGGUGACGGUGGCACCGCAGUCGGGUUUAAUGCUAGACUUUGAUGCAGUGAGAAGGUAUUCGUUGUUCAUCCCGGUUCUUGGUCAGCCUUUGCCUUCCAAUCGCUACUAUAUCAUCCAUGGCAAUGGAAAAUACAAAGGGUUACCAUGCCAGUGUGCAACCGAAGACGACGAGAGUUUAUGUUGCUCAGGAAGAUUCAUACCGGACAUGAAACCGAAACCAUUUGAUCACAGAGAUGAAUCCCAGCAGUUCGAAAUCUGCAGCACAGCCAGAGAUUGUUUCAUCGCAAAACCCAGCGUUCCUCACGGUUUGCCCCCCAGAUUCCUGAGGAUAUGGUACACGCCUUUCAUGUUCGUUAAAGAUCAUUCUUUGAGAGUACAGAUUGAGACGACGUUGUUUUAUAACAUGACGUUGGAGAGAUUGUGGGAGAAAAUACAUUCAUCGGAGAAAAAUGAUGGGAUGUGGAGAAAAGGUGAUGUGGCAAUGAGUGUUGAGAUAGAGAGGGAGGCUGAUUUCUUGUUUGGGGUCCAAGUGGUGAGAGGUGGUGGAUGUGAUUAUGAAGGCUUCGUUUAG